AUGUGUCUUGCAACUUUGCUAUUUUUUGAGGCAAAAUCUACAGAUUUGAAGUUAAGCAAUGACUUUUACAAUUAUGGCCCUUAUGAUUUAGUGUGCAGUAAAUACGAAGUCUGUAUUGAUUCAAGAGUAUCGAACCUUACAUCCUCCUCUACAAAACUUAUAAAGGAAGGUAACAAUUACUUUGCUUGGUUGAAUUCCACAUUUUUUGCACAAACACGAGUUGAUGAGAAACUGAAUAAUCCGUGUAAACAUUACGCUAUCGCCGAUAUUAUUGAAAAAUUUUAUGACGCUGAAAAUUGUGUUGUAAAACAGGGAAACUACCGAACGAUGUUAAAUUUUACGGAAGUCUCAAAUUCGUAUUUUGGAUCCUCAUUCUUUUACGGUGAAUACAAGAUGAAAUCUACAGUAUAUUCGAAAAAAAGAAGCAUUUUGUGCGUCUUUUUAAAUGUAGUUUUUACUAAAAAGAAAGCUCUUUAUGAUCGAAACUAA